AUGUCAGCUGUGGGUAAAGAGUUCAGCUACUCGGAGUUGGAUCUCCGGAAGCCCAAAAAAUUCGCCACCUUUUCCUUCGGCCUCAGAAAGAGGAAGAAGAAAGAUGAGGAGAGUCUCUCCAGCAGCACGUUUGGUCUCCACGGCUCUGGGAUUGAAGAGAAAGAGGAGCAUGAAGUCUCAGCUUCCCAAAAUGAAAGUUCUCCUCCUGAAACCACCAAAACUGGAGCAGAACCUGAGAAGCGAGGCGCCGCCCCGGAUGCUGUCUACGGAGCUUUGUACGAGACGCUUUUCCCCGAGAAUUUCACCUCCGAGGUCAUAAAUUCGCUCCUCGAACCUCCAACUCAAACCCCGUCUUCGCUCUACAAACCUGAAAUCCGCAGCAAGCUCAGACAUCUGGACGCCAGAACCGAACCCGUCACGGUCAGAACCCUCCAGACUGAAACCAGCACCACGUACGAUCGCGUUACAACUUUGCAUGAGAAGAUGAAUGAGCCUGCCAGUUCUAGUCAGAGCUCCAGAUUUCCUUCGUACCAAACCUAUCAGCUUCAGAGGAGCCCAGAAGUCCACCACCGGUUCCGUCCCUCCUCCCUCAGCUCGGCCUCCACAGAUCCGAGCGCUGGUCGGGCUCCUUACUCAGAGCUGACCCGCCUGCAUUCGCAGGUGAAGUCAGACGGCAGCGUCCCGAGGCCAGCCUCCGCCUCUCCGGUUUCUGACUCCGUAACGUCCCAGGAGACCGACUCUCAGGUUUCAGACUCCAAGCGCAGAGUUGUUCUAGUCAGAGAGUCGCUGGCGGACGAGCAGAGCGCCGCGAAGCCUCUCCAGCUGAGAAUUCAACCCGCCGAGUCGCUCUCCGGACAGAUGGACGCGCAGGACGGGCCCCUGAGCCCGGCGUACCUCAGCGUCGGCUCGGACGAAGGCAGCGCCGCCGAGAUCUACUACAGCGCCGAGGAGGACAACGGCAGCGAGGACGAGGAGAUGUUCACGGUGGACGAGAGGGAGGAGACCUUUGUGGAGGCGGAGCUGCCUCCAGAGAAGAAAAAGGUCGUGUUUGUUAAAACGGGAAGCGAGCAAGAUGAAAGUGGAAGACUUCAGAAGACAGAAGAGGUUUUAGGAGGCAGUGAUGCAAAGGAAGAAGAAAGUGAGAGUAGAGAGGAGAUCCCUGAAACACGGAUAAAGACGAUUUUGUUUGUUAAAAAGAAAAGUGAGGAAGAUAAACAUGAAACGGAGCAACGGAUCAGAGAGGUGCAAGAAUCAGGAAGGUCAGAGCUUCUCACAGGCGGUGAUGCAAAGAUGUUCACGGUGGAGGAAAGAGAGGAGACGGAGCAGCUUCCAGAGACGCUGAAAAAGAAAGUCCUGUUUGUCAAGAUGAGAAGUGAGGAAGAUAAAAGUGAAACAGAGCAACAGCUCAGAGCUCAGAGGUCAGAGGAUCACGUCCAGGAUUUAGGAAAGUCCCAGUUUCUUACAGGAAGUGAUGCAAAGACGUUCACGGUGGAGGAGAAAGAGGAAGCUUAUGUGGUAGAUGGCGGUAAAGAGACGGAGCUGCUUCCAGCUUCAGGAAUAAAGAAAGUCCUGUUUGUUAAGAUGAGAAGUGAGGAAGACAAACGUGAAACAGAGCAACAGCCAGGAGGUCAGAGCGCUGAAGCUCAAGUGCAGGAGUUAGGAAAGUCCCAGUUUCUCACAGGAAAAGAUGCAAAGCAGCAAGACAGCGAGGAUGCAAAGACGUUCACGGUGGAGGAAAGAGAGGAAGCUUCUGUGGUGGAAAGCAGGACGGAGACGGAGCUGCUUCCAGAAACGGAGGUAAAGAAAAUCCUGUUUGUUAAAAUGAGAAGUGAGGAAGACAAACGUGAAACACAGCAACAGCCAGGAGGUCAGAAGUCUGAAGCUUCAGAGCAGAUAGUAGGAAGAUCUGAGUUCUUAGAAGGCGCUCAAGUGAAGGAGAAGGAAAGAGAGGAUGAAGGAGAGGAAGCUUCUGUGGUGGAAAGCAGGAAGGAGACGGAGCUGCUUCCAGAGGUGGAGGUAAAGAAAACCAUGUUUGUUAAAAACCAUCCUGAGAGAGAGCAACAGAGGAUUCCUGCUGAUGCAAAGCAGAAAGAAAAUGAGGACAAAGAGACGUCCACGGUGGAGAGAAGAGAGGAAGCUUCAGUGGUGGAUGGUAGGAAGGAGGUGGAGCUGCUUCCAGAGGUGGAGGUAAAGAGGCUCGUUCAGAAGGAGGAAGAUGAGACGCAGCAACAGGUCGUGAGCCAGACGUCGGGUUCUGAUGGGCAGGAUUUGGCAAAAUCUGAGUUUCUUGUAGACGAAACUUUAGCGGUAGAUGGUCGGAGAGAGACGGAGCUGCUUCCAGAAGUGGAGAUAAAGAGCGUCGUGUUUGGUGAAGUAAAGCAACGGAAGGCUGAAGUUUUAGUGCAAGAACCAGGAAAGCUUCUCACAGACUCUGACGCAAAACAGACACAAAGCGAGGACGCUGGAGAGCAGAGUUCUGUGGUGGAACGCAGGAAGGAGACGUUUCCAGAAACAAAGACAGAGAAAAUCGAGUUUGUUAAAAACGAGGACGACAAACCGGAGCAACAACCAGGAGGUCAGAGGAGAGAGCUUCUUGUGGAUGCAGCAGAAAAAGAAAGCGAGGAUAAAGAGAUGCUCAUGAUGGAGGAGAGAGAGGGAGCUGCUGUUGUAAACGGCAGGAAGAAGACGGAUGACCUUUCAGAAACUCAGAUGAAGAGCGUCGUGUUUGUGAAAGACGAACCGGAGGGAGACGAACGUGAAACAGAGCAACAGCUCAGAGGCCAGAAGGAGGACGAUCGUCUGCAGGGUUGGGGAAAAUCUGAGUUUCUCCUCGAUGCAAAGCUGAGAGAAAGUGAGGAUGUAAAGAAGUUCACAGUGGAGGGAAGAGAGGAAAACUUUGUGCUAGACAGUGGACAGAAGACGGAGCUGCUUCCAGACGCUGGGAUGGAGACUGUCCUGUUUGGUGCAGCGCUACAUGAGGGCGAUGACAGGGAAACAGAGCAGCAGAUCAGAGGCCAGGAAUCAGGAAAGUCAGAGCUUCUCCCAGACGGUGAGGACGCCUCUGUGGCCGACGACAGGAAGGAGGCGCAGCUGCCUCCAGAAACGGGGAUGAAUCAGCUGAAGUCGGACGUUUGGGGGCAGAAAUCUGGGACAUCUGAGCUUCUUUCAGCCAGGAGUCGGCCUGCGGUGAAAGCUGAGAGGAGGGAGGGCAGGCGGGAGGAGCUACCGGCCACACCGGUUCAGCAGGUGAACGCUCCGCAGGUAUGCAGCGUGGCUCCGCCCUCCAGGCCGGGGGAGGGUCCGGAGGGACACUGGACUGAAACAGAAGCCCCCUCUAAUGGACAGGAGCGACUCCCAGAGCAGCAGGGACAAUGCUCUGAGAGCUCCCAUGAAGCCUCCAGGAAGCUCAGACCGGACCCUGACACAGCAGCAGCUCCUCUGAUUUCACUGAGCAGAGCCGGAGACGGCAGCAGAACCGACCCAGAAGGAGCUCUGACUGACAGCCGAGGAGCAGCUGAGGAGGCUGAACACAGCAGAGCUGCAGCGCCGAGCAGAGAGGGGGAGGAUUCAUCCGCUCAGAGCGCCGACGGCAGCAGAGCUCCGCCAGUCGAGCUGUCGGCAGCCAGAGCUCAACAUCCUGAAGCUGCAGAACCUCCGCCGGACCAGCACCUGCAUCAGAGUCAGAAGUCGGAUCAGAACAACCUGAAGAGGUUCAGCAUGUCUCAGCCGGAGCUCGACAGCAGCAGCACCUUCAACAUCCCGUCUCCUCCUCCGGUGGCCUCCAACCGGUCUGGAUUCACCGUUUCUGACCCGGAUCAACCAGACGGCGUUCCAACCGACCGACCGGAACCACGGCAGCCUCUGACCAACGGCUUCGACCCGCCGGAUGAAACCGUGAAAGCGCCGAUCGCGUCCAUUCCUGAGCUGCAGCUGGACGAUUGGUCCCUCCAGGCCACAGCGGCUUCACACGUCUUCACUUCAGACAGCCGGCUGACAGAACCCGACCAGGACUCGGUCGACACCAUGAACUCGGGCUACGGCAGCCUGAGCACCAAACUGUCCUUCAAGAGCUCGUCUCCUCCCAGAGAGGACGAAACCAAGCAGCGGUUUCGUAAAGUUUCUCUGGUGGGUGACGAGGACGUGGCUCAGGACUCGGUGGACUCAGUCAGAACGAGUGCCUCCGAGUUCGACGUGCCUCCAGAGUACAGAUGGAAGAACAGAUUCGAGGGGGUGACCCAGUACCGGCCGAGCAGAGAGGAGGACGUCUCCGACUCCAGCAGCAGCCUUCACCUGCCCGAGGCUGCAGCACACCUGAGCUCCUCCCUCUCCUCCCCCUCCCCCUCCGCAGAGCAGCACAUGACCCUGAGCGACAGCACUGAAGCUGAUCUGAGCCGCGAAAGCCAAGAAGCCGUGUGGAGGAGGAGCCCGGUGGCCUGGGAGGAGCCGGCAGGUGAAAGAGAAGCCCAGAGACAGGCAGAGUCUCAGAGGAUCAGGUCCCGCUGGGAGACGCAGCCGCUUCCCUCCUCCUCUCCAGCCGACGGCAGCGAGGCGUCCGAGUUUACUGGAGUGUUCACGGCCACCCUGGUGGAGCUGGUCUCCGACCCCGCUGCUCCCCCGUCCACGCCCCCGGCCUCCCCCGAGGAAGAGUCCCCCAUCCAGUGCGACAUGGAGAGUCUGGUGGACACCCUGAAGAACAUGGGACCCUCCCUGAGGCCACGGGCCACCGGCGUCCGGGCCGCCCCCCCGCCGCUCAUGUCCUCGCUGCCUCCCAUCGUGGAGGAUGCUCAGAGUCCCAUCAACGCCACCGUGCCGGACGGGAAGAAGGUGGACGGAUCUCCAUCCAAGUCCCUGAACGGACUGUACACGCUGCCUGCUGAUCUGGGGCUCAGAGCUCCCAGAGACUCCAGAUCUCCUCUGGAGCUCAUGAUGCAAACGCAGGACCAGUCUGGAUCCAGAGGCCUGAACCUGCCGCUGAGAGCAUCCAACCCCAACAGCCUGAUGCUGAGGAGACCCUCCGACCCUUCGUCCGAGGAUUUACAGUCGAUGGUGCUGAACGGAAACGGAACUCUUCCGUCCUCCCGCCUCGACAACAGCAUGCUGUUCGGCACCUACAGGUCUUCAUCCAUCGAUCAGACGCUGGAAAACGGAAAAGCCCACCGGGGGCUCUUCCGCACCGGCUCGCUGCCAGAAACCGGCCUCUCCAACGACCGCAUCAGCGUUGGUUCGAAGGAGCUCGGCGACCCGGCAGGUUCUCGCUUCGAUCGCUUCUCCUUCCUCAUUAACUCGUCUCCAUCCUCCCAGUCGGGCUCCCUGACCGGGUCCGACGACGUGGCCCGGAUGAGUCGGCCUCCAUCUCUCGGCGUCGGCUCACCGCCUCACAACAACAGUCCGACCCGCCUGCUCAGCCCCACCGGCUCCAUCGACCUCCACAGGGCCUUCGGCGUGGCGGACUCGCCGCUGUCCAUGCCCAACCCCAUCCUGCAGAGGAGCUUCAGCAGCGAGGGCAUCCAGACCUCGCUGUUCAGCAACAUGCACGGAGGCUCUCAGUUCCAGAACCAAGAGCCCGAACCUGACAAGAACUUAGCGUCCAAGUACAGAGCUUUCCCCGAUGCCUAUCUCACCAAAGAGAAGGAACAUGGCAAACUCAACCCUCGUCCUGGAAAGAUGUUCAUCUUCGACCGGCCGGGGAUGUGCGGUCAGAGGAUCGAGGUCCGCGGCGACGUGGUCGACGCCACGUCGUUCGAGCUGCAGGAAACCAUCUCCAUCAGGGUGGUCAGAGGAGGGUGGGUUCUAUACGAGAAACCCAACUUCAAAGGGGAGAAGAUCGCCCUGGACGAAGGCGACAUCGAGAUCACGUAUCCCUACGGCCUCCCCGAGGGGGAGCUGCAGAACGGACCGAAGGAGGAGGCUGGACAGCAGAACGGAGAACCGAAGGACGAGCAGACGGAGGAGAAGCCGGCGAAGAGGUUCAUCAUCGGGUCCAUACGGCGGGCCGUCAGGGACUACAGCGUCCCAGAGAUCAGCCUGUUCCCAGAGGAGAACGCAGAAGGAAAGAAAGUGGUCUUCAGGGACACCUCGGAGGACGCCAGGAUCUUCGGCUUCCCCAUCAAGGCCAACUCCAUCAUCAUCAACGCCGGCCUGUGGCUGGUGUACGCUCAGCCCUUCUUCCAGGGCGUCCCUCGAAUCCUGGAGGUGGGCGGCUACACCAACCCCGCGGCCUGGGGGGUGGAGCAGCCGUACGUGGGCUCGCUGCAUCCGCUCAAAGUCGGUGAACCACGAGUGGAAAACACCAGCGAACCAAAGAUUGUGAUCUACGACAAGCCCUACUUCAGCGGCAAAUCCAGGACCAUCACCACCAACAUGAAGGACUUCAUGACCCGGACGGACCGGCAGCAGACCGCCUUCAUGUACAGCGUCGGCUCCCUCAAGGUCCUCGGAGGAAUCUGGGUGGGCUACGAGAAGGAGGGCUUCCGGGGACACCAGUACCUGCUGGAGGAGGGCGAGUUCCAGGACUGGAGGGUCUGGGGAGGCUGCGACUCGGAGCUGCGGUCCAUCAGGCUGAUCCGAGCGGACCUGUCAGAGCCCCUGCUGGUGAUGUUCGAGCAGCCGGAGGAGGAGCAGGAGGGCGUCCAGGACGAGAACACCUUCGAGGUGACGGAGGCCAUUCCCGACGUGGAGCUGUUCGGCUACAAAACCUCCACGAGGUCCAUCCACGUCCUCAGCGGGGCAUGGAUCGCUUACUCCCACGUGGACUUCUCUGGAAGCCAGUACAUCCUGGAGAAAGGCUUCUACAACAACUGUGCCGACUGGGGGUCUCAGGACACUCGGAUCUGCUCAGUCCAGCCCAUUCUACUGGCUCCCAGUGACGGUUCAAAGAGCAGGAACGAGAUUGUCCUUUACUCUGAGCCCGACUUCGAGGGUCCGGCUCACGUCAUCGACCGGAACCAGGAGGCCAUUUCUGAAAAAGUCCUGACCAAGUCGUGCCGAGUGUCGGGCGGCAGCUGGGUUCUCUACGACAGCAAGCAGUACUCUGGGAACAUGUACGUCCUGUCUGAAGGAGACUAUCCCAGUCUGAGCAGCAUGGGCUGCCCCGCCGGCUGCACCAUCCGGUCCAUCAAGGUGGUGCCGAUGACCUUCUCGCUUCCCUCCAUCUCUCUGUUCGGCCUCGAGUGUCUGGAAGGACGAGAAAUCACCACCGAGGCCGAGAUCGUCAGCAUGGUGGAGGAGGGCUUCAACAACCACAUCCUGUCCGUCAGAGUCAACAGCGGCUGCUGGGUGAUAUGUGAACACAGCAACUUCAGGGGGCGCCAGUUCCUCCUGGAGCCCAUCGAGAUCACCAACUGGCCCAAGUUCAGCUCGCUGCAGACCAUCGGCUCCAUGUACCCGGUCAGACAGAAACGCCACUUUUUCCGCGUGAAGAACAGGGAGAGGGGUCACUACCUGUCGGUCCAGGGCGGCGUGGAGGAGAUGAAGUCGGGCCGGGUGGUGGUGGUGCCGGAGGUGGAGCCGAUGAGCGACAUCUGGUUCUACCAGGACGGGCUCAUCAAGAGCAAGCUGUCGCCCACCAUGAGCCUCCAGGUGGUCGGCAACGUGGAGCCGGGAGCCAAGGUGGUUCUGUGGACCGAGACCCGGCAGCCGAUGCAGACGUGGACGGCCCAGAUGAGAGGCCUGAUCAGCAGCCUGACCUUCCCCGGAGUGGUGCUGGACGUCAAAGGUGGAAAGAGCUACGACAAGGACCACGUGGUGGUUUUGCCUGAGAGCGACGAGCGGCCGAGCCAGCAGUGGGACAUGGAGCUGCUGUAGAACUUGACCAUGUACUUGGUAACCAGCACUGCCUCACCACGGGACGAGCUUCUGGACCCGAACGCUGCAGCAGCACGGACCUCCGAAAAGCUGCACGGCUGCUUCGCAAAGUCUCCGUAGUUUGCCUCAUGAAAUUGUCUUUUUUUAUUUACUUCUUGUCAGAUUUCCUCUCAGUGCCUGAAUCUGCUGCAGGGAUUCAAACGGGAAGCAGGAUUGUUAUUUACAAACCCGACGUGCGCCGGAGCGUUCAGCUGCAUCCGCCGAGGUUCUGGUCGGACCUGCUCCACGGCUUCCACCUUUAUCUCAGCGACAAUUUGAGUAUUCAAACCAAGAAUCUCUUUGUUUGUGAGACUCUGAGUUCAUGCAAAUCCUCCGCCUGCACCGACUUUGUUUACCGCCAACCAGACCGGACACUGAUUCACUGGUUUUUAUUGACACUGGACGAAUGAAGCCAAAACAAUGUGUAGAAUCCAAUGUGUAUGUAGUGAUUUCUAAUAUUUUUAAUAUAUAUAUAUAUAUGUGUGUGAGUGUGUGUGAGUGUGUGUGUCGCUGUUUAUGUGGGAAAGUGAACCGGGUCGUGUCUGUCAGGUUGUUUCUGCUUCUAUUUUUAUCUUCAUGUUACAUAAAACACGUAUGUUACCAGAUGUAUGUUCAUAUUUGAUACUACAGGUUUAUUGUCAAAUGUUCUGUAAGAGGGAGAGGUUUUAAAAUAUUGAAUAAAAAAUAAAGAAAAGACGGAUGUGCACAUG